AUGAAUAUUGAAGAAAAGAGAAUGGUGGUUGAGCCUAUUGAAGUGUUGGAAGAUAUUUCUUUAGAUGAGAAAAACCCUGAGAGGUGCACCAGGAUUGGAGCAGAUUUAGAAGAGAGAAUUAAGAAGGACCUUGUCUGUUUCUUGAGGAAAAGUAUUGAUGUAUUUGCUUGGAGUCAUGAGGACAUACCAGGUAUAGACCUUAGUGUCAUUACCCACCAUCUAAAUGUGUAUCCUUCCUCUAAGCCUAUACGACAGAAGAAAAGGGUGUUUGCUCCUGAGAGAGACAAUGCUAUCAAAGAAGAAGUGCAGAAGUUGACUGUAGCGAAGUUCAUUCGAGAAGUUUAUUAUCCAGAUUGGCUGGCCAAUAUAGUAAUGGUCAAAAAGGCGGCUUGCCCCAAGGACAGCUACUCGUUGCCUCGCAUUGACCAGUUGGUAGAUUCCAUUGCGGGACACAAGCUGCUUAGCUUUAUGGAUGCUUUCUUCGGAUACAAUCAGAUAAGGAUGGACAACACAUAUCAAGAAAAAACAUCAUUUAUCACAAGCCAAGGCUUAUUCUGUUAUAAGGUGAUGCCCUUCGGUUUAAAGAACGCUGGGGCAACAUAUCGGAGGCUGGUUAACCACAUGUUUCAUUCGCAAAUUGGGUGGAAUGUAGAAGUCUACGUAGAUGACAUGCUGGUGAAAAGUCAGGACAAGGGAAAGUAUCUGGACGACUUGCAGGAAACAUUUGACACACUCAGAUAUCAACCAAGGCAUGCAAUAAAAGCUCAAACCCUGGCAGAUUUCAUUGCAGAGUUCACUCCGAGUUAUGAAGACUUAAGCGAGGUGGAGAAUAGAAAGAAAUGGAUCGUCCAUAUGGAUGGCUCAUCAACACAAUUUGCAGGAAGAAUAGGAGUUGUUUUGCUGUCCCCGAAAGGAGAUAAAUUGAAGCACAAGGUUCGUCUACAGUAUCAAACAACCAAUAAUGAAGUUGAGUAUGAAGCCCUUCUUAAAGGAUUGGAGUUGGCUAAAUCUGUAGAAGCAAAAAUGAUACUCGUCCUGGGAGACUCUUAUCUAGUCAUAGGCCAAGUAAAUGGGACAUGUGAAGCCAAAGAAGAACGAAUGAAGAAGUAUCUUAAUAAGGUGGUACGCCUUGUAAAGAAGUUUAAGGAAGCCAAUUUCAUUCAGAUCCCAAGAAAAGAAAAUAUGGAGGCAGAUACUUUAGUAAAAGAAGCCUUAGCAAGCGAAGGACUGGACGAGUUUGAUGAAAUUCAAUACCUGCCCAGCAUAGACUUUCCAGAGUUGUAUCAGAUAGAGGGUGAAGAAAAUUGGAUAACUCUAAUAAUAUCAUACUUGAAGGACGGAAAGCUUUUAGAAGGAAAAGACGAGACCAGGAAGCUCAGAGUCAGAUCAGCCAGAUACGUCCUCAUGAAUGAGGUGCUAUACAAGAGGGGUUUUUCACAACCUUAUCUGAGGUGUUUAGUUCCAGACGAGGCCAACUAUGUAUCGAGGGAAGUUCAUGAAGGAGCAUGUGGUAACCACUCAGGAGCCAGAUCACUUGUCCACAAAGUCAUCUGCGUAGGCUACUACUGGCCAAACAUGCAGGCUGAUGCCAAGGCAUAUGUCAAAGUCUGUGAUUAA